AUGCGCAACACACGCUUCCAAUCCAUCUCCUUCUCCAGCAUCCGCACCUCACUGCGUCGGUCCCGCUCCCGGUCACCAUCAGAUUCCUCGAUAAUGUCCAGCAACCGCAACUCUUAUGCCUCCAACUCUUCCUCGCCCAUCAGCACGGUCAAUGCCAUCAUGCACCGACAACCUUCAGUGGUUGACAUGGAGGAGGAGAGAAAGAUCUUCCCAUCCGGCCUCGAUGUCCUUGAGCCCCGACCAAUCGUCUACUGGGGUGGCAUGGAGGAGAGAAUGAGCUCCUUCUAG